AUGCGUGAAACCCAGAGAGUGCCUCGAUCAUGCGUACAAUGCACCCGCAGGAAAGUCAAGUGCUCCAAGAAAAUCCCCUGUGAUGCAUGCAUCCGGCGGGGUGAGACUGCAGCCUGCAUGCGUGAGGUCGUCAAGGUCCACGGCAGAGUGACGGUUGCUGUCGACGAAGAAGAUUCAGAUCAGAGUGAAUCGACGAUCAACUCGAGGCUUGCGCAGGAGAAUGCCAGUCUCAAGACCCGGAUCCGCCAAGUAGAGUCGCUUCUCCAGCGGCCGGAGCUGCAGAAGCUCGGGACGGACGUGUUCCGGUCGGCACCAGCUGUCGAGCGCUCGCAUUCAUCAGAGAAGAUCUUGAAUGACUUCCAGCGGCUACCCUUUGGGCUCCUGGCCGAGUCAUCGCACGAUGGUCCGGAUACCCUUCGUCCGCGCGACGACCAUGUGCUUCUCAUCCUCCCAGCUCGACACUGGAGUGAGGUAAUUGUCCGGUUCUCGCUGGAGCAUCUCGCAUGGGUUCACUGUGCGUUAGAGCCAUUCGACUUUACAGAGAAGCACAAUGCGUUCUGGACCCAAGCUGUGGCCACCGGCCCCCACUCGAGUGAUCACGGCUGGAAUGCGGUGUAUCUGAGCGUGCUCGCUGUGGGCGUGUAUUUCAUGAACGAUGACCUGAUCGAGGGGUUCCAGUUCUCCCACGAAAGCUAUCUGACUGGGAGAGCAGCCGGAGACCGCUCGCUCAGCAGGAUGACGACGCAGCUAUGCCGCGUGUGGUGCGAGGCCUCGCUCCGGGAACUGGAGUACGCCGAUUACACCAGCAAGCCUCGUAUCACGACGGUGCAAGCGUUGACGAUCUUGAACAUCAUCCACAAGAACCUCGGCCAGUCCAGUCGCGAAUACAUCCUGCACGGCCUGGCCGUCAACACCGCACGGCUGAUUGGGAUCGAUCGACUAAGUGAAGGCUGCGAGAUCCCUCCUCUUCUGCUGCGCGACACGCGGACUACCACGCAUCUUAACGUCUACCGACGGCUGUGGUGGACCCUGGUCAUUGUCGACUGGAUGACCGUAUGGUCCCGUCCCAUCUCCAUCCACCCGGGCUCAUUCACCACCGUCUUGGACACCAGCAGCGACGAACCCGCUUCGCCACGCAGCCGCGACGUCGGCCUGCCUUCGCCCUUUGAGUACCACAAAGCCAUGGCCCAACUCGCCGCCACCAUGCAGAACACCGUCCGCUCAAUCCACGAAUGGAGCAGUAGCACAGUACAAGCCUCUCUGGAGGAGAUCGACUCCGUGGCAUCCGCCUUCCCGCCCCACCUCUGCUACAACCAAACCACCACCACCACCACCACCACAUCAGGACUCUUCCCAGACGAGGUCCCCAGCUGGGUCACCGUGCAGCGGUAUCUCGUCUGGAACCUCCUCGACACCUGGCGCAUCAACCUCUGCGUCGCCCUGAUGCCCCAACUCCUGGACCACAACGACGACAAUCCCUCAUCCUCCCCCGCAUCCUCCCCCGCGCCAACCACCCAGGAUUCUGCCGUCUACGCCAGCGCCGUCGCAGCCGCCACGCGCAUCCUGCAGCGCCGCUAUCGCGACCCUACCCCCCACUUCCAGAAAUUCUGGGCCGUGACCUGCUCCGCCGUCUCGGCUGGCAUCUUCCUCUGCCUGGACCUCAUCUGCUUCGGACAUAGACACUCACGCGCGGAGACUGCUGCGACGCAGGAGCUCAUUCGAGUGAGUAUUCAGCUGCUGGAGGCUUCGUCCACGGAGACCCGCCACGGCGCAUUAGUGGUCCUGCGACGGCUGGCUCAACUGCAGGAUACCGUGCACCACCAGCACAGCCAGGCAAUCGGCCCCCGAGCGUUUGCGAAUAUGAUGAAAUUGCUGGCCGCGCCGCGUCUGUGGGCGUCGGUGGCGGAUCCGCAAUCGACGCUGCGGUUCCUGUUCGCUGGGUCGGGGGCUGCUUCCUCGAAUAUCCGAUCUGGUUUUACUGUUGAGGAGGUGGAUGGGUUGUCGGGGGUGGGGGACGCAGCUGGGGCAGGUGGGGUUGAGGUGCUGCAUGAUGCUGGUGGUGGUGGUGGUGGUGGUGGUGCGGGUGCUGGGCAGGAGGACUUCGAGCACUACUCGACGGCGCCGGCGGUGCCGGAUGCUUAUGAAUUCGAGGACCUGUUCGGUGCAUCCGAGCUGGUUGAUAUGUCGUUGCCGUGGAUCGAUCCUGCGACGUUGAUGGCUUUUACGGGUCAUGUUGCUUGACACGGGCACUUGGCCAUAGUUAUUCUUGUGCGUGCACAGACGAGUGCGAUGGAUGAUCUCCUUGCGAAGAAUGCCUAGGGCUCUCCACUUUUCUCUAGCGGGAUGCCUCCCUUCGUCGGUCUACAGUACAUGCCAGUAUGUAUCACCAAUUGAAACCCGUGGGCGGCUAGUCAGCAUCACGAAUCGAAACUAGUAACCCAAGUGCCACAUACCUUCUAAAAUUGACCGAAGAGAAAGUCUACAGCGGCACCAUGCUCCUCAGCUGCGGUGUACUGAUGAGUGGCGGUUAGGGUUGUCUUGUCACUAGUAAACUGUUGCACUCAUCCCAAGAAUAACAGCUGUACAUACAUAUCAAAGGCC